GCACACCACCGACAAAGUCAUAGAAGAACAGACGUUCAGGCACGUCCGAGUAAACUACACGUGAAGAUUCGGUUUGUCCUUUAUAGACUGAAUGGGGAUGAAAAUAAUGUCUGACGAGAUAAAUCAUGAAACGCUGAAGAAGAAGAAGAAGCACAAUAGAGAAAAAGAGUCUUUGCCUGAAAGUAUGAAUGGAAGUGAUCAGCCAAAUGAAGAUAUGGAAACGUGUGACGGAAGAAGUGACAAAAUUCUCAAGAAAAAGAAGAAAAGGAAAGUUGAUGACUGUCUGAAUGCUGCAGUUGCUGCUGACCCUGUUGAUGAAAGUGCUGCCAGCGUUCGUAAAAAGAAGAAAAAGAGUGAGGAGAUCGAUCGGAAAGCAGGGAAGAAACGAAAAGCUGAAACGACAGGAAUGAAAUGUGUCGACCAGGAAGAUGAAAAGAAAUCAAAACAACAGGAAAACGGUCUGAUGGUGGAAAAUGUUGAGAUUCAGGGGAAAACUAAAAAGAAGAAGCAAAAGAAAGUGGACACUGUUGAGAAUGAUGGCAUUACUGUAACAAAAAAGAAAAAGAAAGCAAAACAUGAAGAGAACAAAGAAGAUGAAGCAGCAGCAGCAGAAACCCAAAAGGAAGAAACGAACGUGUUGGAAGAUGAGAAGAAGAGCAAGAAGAAAAGUAAAAAAGACAGAUUAAAACUUGAGGAUGAUGUUGUAGUGAGUGAAAUAGAAGCACCAGAAAUCAUCAAGAAGAAAAAGAAAAAAAAGUUCAGCAAUAAAGAAGGAAGUCAAGACACAAAUGGGAACACAGAGGUAGAAGAGAAGAAACCAAAGAAGAAAAAGGCUAACCCACAAGAGGUGGAACCUUUAUUAGUUGACGAGAGUCUCGCCUCUUUAGCAGAAGAAAAGACCAAAAAAAGCAAAAAGAAAAAAUCAUCAGUUUCCCUGGAAACGCAUUUAGAGACAAAGCAGGUGCAAAGUGUGAAAAAGAAAAAGAGGAGAGCUGAAGUGGCAGACCAGAAUUCACAAGACAACAUGGCCGACACUGAUCAGAAGGACGUGAACUCGGAAAGAAGACCGGCUCAGAAGGAGGCUGUUCAGUCCCAGACGGCAUCCAAACCUUCGGGCUUGGGCCAGUGGAGCACUGCUCAGUUCAACAACUCCCAGCAACGCGACAAGUUCCUGCGCUUGAUGGGAGGCUUCAAGUCCGGCUUCCAGAAGGCCACGACGAGCACGGAUCACGCCAACAUGGCGCUCGGAGCGGAGGGGCAGAAACACUUACAGCAGGGACUUAUGGGAGAGUUUGAGCGAGCACAGUCGCGGAGGAUGGACUUUUCCAACAGAGGAGCAGGACUUGGCUUCAGCGCACCGACAAACAAGAAGUUCUCAAUCGACGUCAACGCGUGUCGCUCAGUCCGUUUUGACGACUGAACCGAUGGGAUCUGUGUUUUUUACUUGAGUAAAAUGAAAUGUCUUGAAAUCAUUUUCACACAAGCUUGACAACUUCAAUAGUCUUUUUAAUACUUCUUGAAUAAAAGCUCUGGUUUUACAUCAAAGAUUCAUGUGUCUGUUGUUUAAAGGCUCAAUCUUUCUUGAAAGGUAAAAAAAAAAGAUGCAGAACAUUCAGGUAGAUCAUCUUACAGUGAACUUCAAUACUCCGGCCUGAAGGUCUGUCAGCAAUCCCACUGAAGGUUUAGCGCAAACAUGAGCACCUUCCAGAAUUCAUUCUUGAUACAAACAUACAUGACCACCGACAGACUGUCAUGUCCAAGCCGCAGUUUCACAAGCAAAACCCCUCUGAUCUGAGUUCAGAUACUGCAACAUGAAACUAGUCUUGUGACGUCACGUGCAGAGAGACAGCUCGAUGAGAAUGAAAGCCAAAUGCAUCUGGCU